AUGAAGGCUUCCCAGUGCUACCCCAGUGUUGUAAGAGGAGCACUGGAGGCCCAAGAGGCACUGCGGAGCUCCCCUUGCCUGUGGGACAGCCAAGCCUUGGCUCUGCACCAGGGCUUUUUGGUGGCAUCCAGGGCAAAACCUCAGGGGUUUCUAGGCUUGGCCACAAGGUGCUCAUUGCAAGAGCAAGGUCCUCAUUUGCAGAUGCUGCAGUUCCAGCUCCUGGUGGUGCAUUUGGCCCUUGUAAUUGCCCUGCUGUGGUGGAACUCCAGCUCUGUGCUCCUUGCAGAGGCAGCUCCAGAGCAUCUGGAGCCUUCUGCUGCUCAGGGUGUGAGAGACCAUCCCAUCUCCAGUGAAGAGAAAUCAGCCACCAACCUGGCAGCCAAACUGCUCCUUCUUGAUGACUUGGUGUCUCUGGAGAAUGAGGUGACAGAGACGAAGAAGAAAAGAAGCUUCCCAGGAUUUGGCUCCCCAAUUGACAGAAUUUCUUCAUCCUCUGUGGAUAUUAAAGGCAAACAGAGGAAAGUGCUUGAGCUGCCCAAGAGAAGGUUUGGAGUUCCUCUGGACCGGAUUGGAAUGAGCCACCUUGGCAACACCAGGGGUUAGCAGUUCCUGCAGGUAAGCCAAAAUAUUCCCGGUGUGGGCAGGCUUGGAGAACCCACCUGUUCUGUGGUGCUGGAGGUACUAGUCAUGUCAGCAGGCUUGGGAGGAGUGGCUUAGGGAAUGAUGGCUUCUUAUAACAUGGAAUGCCCUAAUUUCCCACUGAGUACCUCUCUACAAGCAAACAAAUAUUCCUAACAUUUUGAUCUCCUUUAGUGUACCUCACAGUGUGCUUGCCAAGCCUUGCAUUUCUGACAUUGGAAAAGGUAAUGUUAACUUUCUUCUUUUUUUUUCUUCUUUUUCUUUUCUUUUUUAUUUUGGCUACAGAUGCUUCUAUUCCGAAUGAGUGAAACUGUACUGGAAACUUUACAGAGAUAUGGAAGAUGCCUCACAACAUGUCUUGUCUUUGCCUAAUGAUACUGCACCCAAGAAAUUUACCUCCUUCAAAAUCUGCUUCAAGUUGCAUUUUACAAACAUUGUAUUUACAAAUAAUAACAUAUUCAGUUCAUCAGAUCAGAAAGCUCUCACAGCUGUGCACAGUGUCACUGGUAGGAGGAAAAAGAGAAUAUGCAUAUAUUUUUAUUGCAUGGCAUUUGUCUGUUAAACUUGCAUAACUUUAUUAUCCUAGGCAGGACUGAGAUUUUUUGGAUUGAAAA